ACGCCGCCACGCAGUCAGAUCCUUCCGCCGAGCGCGGCCCUAGGGCCAAAGGAUUCGUUCCCCGGCUCCUCAGAUUUCCUCCUCUUGCUCCCGUGCGCCGCUUCCAGCGUCCUCGACUCCCACUUCUCCCUCCACUAGCCCCGGAGACCUUUCCUCGCCGUCCUAAAGCCUAGGCCCUCUGAUUCCGCGGAGUGCGGUUCGUGCUACCGGCAGGACACACCCCCCGAGGACUCACUUCCGGCGACGCGGCGGCGGAGUCGGAGCCCGGCAGGGAGUGAGGCCUAAAGAGGCUUUCCUGGGAUGGACGCUUUGGCAGUCAUGAUGCAGGAUCUGCUGACCCAGAACCAUGCUCUGCGCAGGGAAAACAACGAGCUCAUGGACCAGGUCCGACGCCUGCUGUGCGAGAAAGCCAACCUGCUGGCCCAGGUGCGUCCGCCCACCUGCCCGGUGGUUUUUCCCGAGACGUUUAACGGCGACCCCGCUCGGCUCCCCGAUUUUCUGAUCCAAGCAGCAUCUUACGUGAACUUCUUCGAGACCAGAUUUUCGAAUGACACCCUAAAGGUGGCAUUUGUAAUCAGCCGCCUCUCUGGGCCGGCGGAGGAGUGGGUGGUCCCCUACAUCGAGAGGGAGAGCCCCAUCCUGGGUCAGUACGAGCGCUUCGUGGACGCGCUGAAGCGGGCCUUUGGUCGCAAUGGGUAGGAAACGGUCCGGCCGGGACUCCCCGUGUUGGAGGGACAGCUGCGGCCCGGGGCUAGCCUUGCUCGCACCACGAACCUGGGCCUGCUUGGCUUUGUCUGACAAGUAGCUCUGGGCUCCUGGCCUUGUCUGAAACUUGGGCGCCAAAUGUUCUGGCCAGCCCCAAUGCCUUUGCACUUCCCAGCAACCCAGCUACAACCCAAGUUUGCUGUUCAUUAAAGACGUUAUUUGAUCUCUAAGAAUUUGAAUAGAUAUUCCAGACUCAAGUCGUCCUCUCGGAAGACUGCUUCUGACCACUUUGAAAAACAGCCAAGAAGGGUCCACACACUGAUUGGGAUAGCUGAGGCCAAAGAGGCAACUUCUAAGGGUUAGUGUGCCUGGUGACCAAUUUUUAACAUGUAUGUCUGGAACUAUAUAGUUUUUACACAUUUUAUUUCACAGAAGCCUUGCAGAUGGUGCCUUUUGGUCCAAGAAAUCCAGGCACUGGACUAGAACUUACUUAAAAACGUAUCCCUCUGUCCCCCGCCAUAUAUAUAUCUCAUACACACACUCACACAUAAUCUUAAUGAAUGCGUAAGGCCUAAGACAGUACUUGGUUUUACAGAAGAAACAAAAAUGAUUAAACAAGAUUUGUGUCUUCAGGAACAUCAUUGUGUUCUGAGGGAAAAAAAGAACUCCCAUGCAUAGGCUAAUGUCUUGUUAAUGCUUCUUGGUUAAUGCUUCUUUUACAUAUUUGAUUCUUGUUUUAUGACUAUUUUAUGUUCCCUUUUUUUUUUUUAUUGCACUCAACUUAGAAAGCUAGAAAGAAAACCAAUCUUGGGCAGUUUUGUUGUAUUUCUGUAGAAGCUGUGUGUAAUUCCUAGCAAAAUAAUGUUAAUAAUAAUAGGUAUGGUGGAGUCUUUGAGUUAUGUCCACUUGGUUUUAUUCCCUUAUGCUAUAUGGAAGAGUGUUAGCUCCCUAUUUUUGAGUAAAAUUCAUUUUACAUUUGGAGCUGUAGUUUCUCUUCAUUAAAGACAUUACUUGAUCUUUAAAGUUUGGUUUGAAAUUGUGUGAUUCCCUUUAAUGAAGCCAAAGAAGGUAAAAAAAAAGGGGGGGGCGGGGAUUUGUUUACUCUUCUUAAGCAAAAGGUUUCUUGAAAGCCUUUAGGGAGGAAAAUCCAUAGCAUUAAUUAUACUGUAUCUUGUCUUUAACCAAAUCUUGCAAAAUGGCCCUCGAUGGAUAGACUGUGGAUGAAGAAGGUAGGCUCAAUGUAAUAAGAAGAUUUCUAAUGAGGAAUUCAAGAAGACAUUUCCAUAAGACUGUAGAUCAUAAAAUGACAAAUCCAUGAACAUUAAUUAGGGCUGCUUUCAAGAAUGUACCAAAUUUUUGAGUUACUAAGACUUUUCUCAAACUUUUUGGCCCCAUGCCUAAAAAUUCAUCUGGGUCUCCAAAGCUGCCUUCUAUGAGGUUGUGGCAGGCUCUGGCCCCUGCCAACAGGGAACAGGACUCGCUCCCCAACUACUCACAUGAACUCAUACAUCGAAGUACUCUCUUCUCUCCCUGCCCUGAUUCUUGCAGUUUUCACUGCAAUUUGUCGUUAAGCAUAUCUUCAGGGAUUUCCAGUUUACAUUCAAAAUUGGGAAACUGAUAGAAGAUUUGGUCCCCAUAAGAGAACCAGGUGAACUGAAGUCCAUCUAAGAAAACUGCACAAUUUUCUGGACUUUGACUUUUCUAGCUUUUCUUGGUUUAUUAAUCAAGUAAUGAUCAGGCAAUUCUUAAUAGAUUAAAUUAGAGAAUUAACUCUAAAGCUAAAUAAGCACAUUUAUUUUUAAAAAAUUGCUUUUAUUCCCUUUCUGUGCAAGUCAUUGAGAUUUGACUAUUGGCUAAACAGGCUCAUAACAUUUUUAUUAUAGAUACCUUAAUUUCUUGACAAUUAAUUGAAGGUAACAUGCUGGCAGAGCAGAGGACUACUUACACAAAUUAGAGAUAACCAUUAAUUCAAGUAAAAUUAAAUCCUUUUUUUCCCAUUUUGCACAAACUUUGUUAUUUGAAUAGGAUAAUUGUGUACAAAUGAAACAAGAAGCUAGAGCGUUGCAAAUAAUGUUGCUUUACCAAGAAAUAAUAUAUAAUUUUAAAACACCAAAAUUGAGAGUGGUUUGUACAGUAUACACUUUGGCAAAAUACCAAAUCCUUUGUCUUUUAUUUCACAUGGCCUGCUACUAACAGUCCUUUCCAGUAAUUCUCAAUAUUUAGGCAACAUUAGCCUCAUGUGGGAACUUAUCUAAAACCCCAGUUGCUCAACUGGUAUCUGAGAAUUUGUACCUCUAACUAAAAUUCCUAAGUGAUGCUGAUAAUCACAUAAGGAUAAAUAUAAAUUAGAAAUAAGAAAAUACUUAAGGGCCGGGGUUGUGGCUCUGUGGCAAAGUGAUUGCCUCGCACAUGUGAGGCACUGGGUUCUAUCCUCAGCACCAUAUAAAAAUAAAUAAACAAAGAUAUUGUACCCUUAUAUAACUAAAUAUAUUUUUUUAAAAAAAAAAAGAAAGAAAACUACUUAAUUCUCCCCAGUGCAAAAAGAAAGAUGUAUCUCCCCUACUCUUGCUCUGCCACCAAUGAGCAAACAGGUGUGCACACACAGGCACACUUCCUUUUAAGCCUUCUUUUUUUUCUUCUGUACUUCUGAGAAUUGAACUCAUUAGACAUUACAAGUAGACAAAUGCUCUACCAGUGAACUAUGUCCCCCAACUGAGAGUAAUUUUUUUCUUUUAAACCUAUGAUGGCCUUGAACUCAAGAUCCUCCCACUUCAGUCUCCAGAGUUGCUGGGAUUACAGGUAUGUGUAAAACUUCUAAAAAAAAAAAAAAAGUCUGCGCUUGUUUGAAAUGUAUGUAAAUCCUUCUGAAAGCUAAAUUAGCCUCUUGCCAGUUAUACAACCCAGGAAUGCUUCCUCAAGAACCUGGUAUCCAUCCUGUUGAAAUUUAAACAAGGAAAAGUACCCCUGGCUCCUGGUUUCUUGGACAGAUAGAAGCCUAGCUUUGAAGGACACCUGGCUCCAAAUUGCAACUCUACCUCCUGUCAUAAAGACACGAGAAAUCUAUUUUCCCUUGAACAAUUAACAUACACAGAUGGUCAUCAAAAUUACCAAGUGAAUUUAGAAUGAACUUUGUGACAAAUGGUGCUAAUGAGUCCUCUUAGGAACUAGCUAUAUCAUUUGAGAAGUAUGUAAUCGAUUAUAUCUGUUCAGCUAUAUAAAAGGGGGAGAUUUCUGUCUUGGCAAUCAGUGAAUUGCUUGUAAUGUGCAUAACAUUCUACUCUAAUGCUUAUUCAAUAAAAAACAAUUUUUUAAAAA